CCUCUUUCCUCCCUCCAGACAAAGGCGCAGCCCAUCGAAAUCACGCGGCUGAGCCAAACUCCUCGCUUUGCCUCUUUUUCUCUGCCGGCCAUUCUCAGCCCAGAAGGAGACCCCCGACCAGCUUCUUCUCGCAAGGCGGACUUUGCAGCGGGAUCAUGCCGGGGCGCUUCCUCCGUGCGGCACCUCUCCUCUGGCUGCCUCUCUUCCUGGGGCUUUCCUUGGGCGCCGGCCUCUAUUUCCAGGAAGGACAGAGCUGCUACAAGCCGCUAAAAGGGAGUGCGGCCUCUCUCCGAACCUACCCUCGUCCCCAUGAAUAUUUGGACAUCUCUGAGCUGCCCAAGUCCUGGGACUGGAGGAAUGUAGACGGGGUCAAUUACGUGAGCACGACUCGGAACCAGCACAUCCCUCAGUAUUGUGGGUCCUGUUGGGCUCAUGGCAGCACCAGCGCUUUGGCAGAUCGCAUCAAUAUCAAGAAGAAAGGGGCCUGGCCCUCCGCUUACCUCUCCGUUCAGCAUGUCAUUGACUGUGGCAAUGCAGGAUCCUGUGAAGGAGGAGAUGACGGCGCUGUCUGGCAGUAUGCGCAUGAGCACGGCAUCCCAGAUGAGACCUGCAACAAUUACCAAGCAAAAGACCAGCCAUGCCAGAAGUUCAAUCAAUGUGGAACAUGCGUUACUUUUGGACAAUGUCACAUCGUGAAGAACUACACUCUCUGGAAAGUUGCAGAUUAUGGAACAGUCGCGGGACGAGAGAAAAUGAUGGCCGAAAUCUAUGAGAAUGGUCCCAUCAGUUGCGGGAUUAUGGCCACUCCAAAGCUGGACGACUACACUGGAGGACUUUAUGCAGAAUACCAUCCCUCUCCCUUUAUAAACCACAUCGUCUCUGUUGCUGGCUGGGGAGUAGAAAAUGAAACAGAAUACUGGAUUGUCCGCAACUCUUGGGGCGAGCCCUGGGGAGAGAGAGGCUGGCUUAGGAUUGUGACAAGUACAUAUAAAGGAGGGAAAGGAGAAAACUACAAUCUUGCCAUCGAAACACAGUGUUCUUAUGGAGACCCUAUUAUUCCAUGAGUCUGUCCUGCCUUCUGUUUGGGAUCAUGGUUUGGACUGCAAGAACUUCUCCAGCCAGUUGUUUCUUCUUUUCAAAGGGAUGAGGUGAUUUACUGCAAUAUCAUUGAAUGAAGGACUUAUGGAAUUUGGAAUCUAAUUUAGACUUUCUAUCUUUUUGGUCAUAAUUGUUUUUUCAUAUGUGUGUUUGAUUUUUUACAAAUAUUCAGGGCUAUCUUUGAAACAACCAAAUGAAUGACUUGUACUGAUUGCACGAAAGCACCUUUGUGAACCUCACUGAAUUGUAAUAAAUGUCUUUGUAGCUAAUUCUCAAACGCCAGGAUUAAGGGGGUUUGAGGGAGAAGAGUUGUGCAUAUGGGAGGUCUAUUAUAUUUAUAAUCCCUCGUGCUUUGGGUCUGAGCUGUGUUUCAGGCUGAGAUCAACCUUAAGAUGCCUACAACUCUUAAACUGGAGCCAGAGCCCCCUGCUUUUGUAAUUCUUUCCUCCCUCCAUACUAAGUUCAAGAGAUUGGCCUGUUUUGAGCAGUGUCAAUGUAUCAGUGUUGUCUCCUUCACACUUUUCACUGAGAUGCUGAGUCUUAUGAAGGAGGAAGAGGAGAAGAUGAAAUGUGCGAGAAUCUCUGGAUUUUCUUUUGUCCGUAGAGGAAAACCAGCUCUCUUCCCUGUGCGGCUUGGGGUCAGAAUGGAUGUAACUUUCUAUGUAUCUUUCAAUCCGUGCCUUGAGCUUCUCUUUCCAUACUAUUUUAAAUGAAGGCAGCUUUACGCACACUUAGCUGCCCCCCUUGGAUUUAUACUGUUUUCUCUGCUGAAAAUGACUCCCAAUGUUCUUUGUGGCAAAUAAGAGCUUUGUAGGAGUUGACAGCUUACCUGUGGGGAGAUAACAAGAACAGACCUCCUGUCCCAUAGUUUUAAUUCUCACUUCCAGCCUGCAGAUGUUUUGGGAAUACAUAAGAUGACAACAACUUCAUGAACAAGGGAUGCAGUGAUACUUCUGAACUGAUGUUUUGUUUGGGUCCAUCAGAAGCAUGACAAGACAUAAAACGGAGAAAUUGUAAUGUAGUGCAGACUAGUGGUGACACCCCAUACUAUUAAGAAAGAUUUGCCAUUGCCGUCACAUGAGUUGUCUCUUCAUUUCAACACCCAAAUGCAGCUCUUAAUUAAAUCAGCUUGGCACAGGGCAACUCCAAGGUGCUUAUCUGACUUCUGCAGCCUUCAUUCCACCCUCCCAGUCUCCACAUAUAUCUGAACCUAUCUAUAUCCUGAGGCUGUAGCAGGCAGCCGAACCCCAAACUGGCUUCUUGCAGCUUUUAUUAAAUGUACUAGAAAACCAGCAUCCCUUUAUGAGACAAAAUCCAGUCAUUGCUUCCAUAUAGUGAUCCCUUUUCUGUUCCUCAUUUGCAGAAAGCAAACUCUCAAGGUAAGGGUAAAGCUGCAUCUACAAUUCAUCAAUACACAUAAUUCCUAGGAAGCCUGUGCAACUUUGGCAUGUUUGGGAAGUCUAACUAUGCUCUCACCAUAACUAAACAAUUUCCCCUCGACAGAGACAAGGGUUGGCAAACAACUGGAAGAACAGAAUUGAUGGCUAGAGCACACUUUUAUUGUUGGUCCAUGUGUUAGGCCAUGAAUUCUGCUUUAGUGGCAGAUCUGGAGCUUUUCUGGAUUAUACUUUGGUAUUCUGGUGCAGUAAAAAAAAAACCUGCUUCAUUUCCCAAGCCUUUAAGAUUGUGAGGCUGGAAGAGGAUCUUUUUUGCUGCCAAAGAUCUCACUAUAAGACCAGCAGCUAAAUUUUCACAUGGAUAUUGAUAUCCACGCAUAUUAGGUUUUAAGACAUACAGCCUGUCGUAGUCUAAUCUACUUAAACUUGCUUUUCUUCUGUAUGUUGUCUAAAGACAGUUUAUACAUGCAGCCUAUGGCUAUAGUAUAACACCUUGUCCCUGCUCCUCACCAACCUUCCUUUUCCCAAUCAAGUGCCUUUCAUUAUAUUCUUCUGACCAUGCUGUCAAGGGCUGAUGGGAGUUGUAUUCCAAAAUAUCUUGGAGACCCAAAAUUUACAGGUUGCUGGUCUAGACUGAUGAAGACAUUUUAAAUUUUGCUUACAAUCUUGUGCCUGAUGGUUGUAUUAUGUAAUAAACAUAGUGCUUGACAGUGAA